UCUGUUUUUGAGAAGUAUACCACCAGUAUUACAGUUGGCAGCAAAGAAGUCAUCCUGAAUUUGUAUGAUACCGCAGAUAUGUUUCUUCAACUCCGAGGUCCAUUGAGUUGUCGCUGGCUUUUCCUUACCCUGACAGUGUGGCAGGCCUGGCAGGAGGACUACGAUCGGCUACGACCACUUUCUUACCAGAACACAAACGUAGUGUUAAUUUGUUACGAUGUCAUGAAUCCCACUAGCUAUGAUAAUGUAGUAGUUAAGUGGUACCCUGAAGUGAGUCACUUCUGCCGAGGUGCCCCUCUCGUACUGAUCGGCUGCAAGACAGACCUUCGAAAAGACAAAGAACAGUUGCGUAAGCUCAGGGCCUCUCAGCAGGAGCCAAUUACUUAUAACCAGGGCAAGAACAGCAGCUUUUGAACCAUUCUAGACACAAGUCUGGGAAACAAGGGCGAAGCAGCUUGUCAGCAGAUUAAUGCAGAAAUUUAUCUGGAGUGCUCAGCAAAAUGUCGUGAAAACAUAGAAAAUGUUUUU